UUAAAACCAUCUUUUCUUCAAUUUUCUCGUUCAAAGUCGUCGGUCGUCAAUUAAAUUCCACUAUCUGUGCCCCGAAUGGAAUAAACAACAGACACGCCUUCGCCCACCCCUCCCCCAAUUAGGCAUACUAAAAUCUUGUCUGCAGGAGACAGAUGUUACCAAAUCCUGGAGAAAACCCUUGCCUAUAAGCAAUAAGCAAAGCGCCCUCCUCAGUCAUAGUCGCCAUAUCUUGAAUGAUGUUAAUGUCCCCUUCAAUGGUAUUUAGGUAGUCAAUUCUUUUCAUAGAGAGUUUGAUAUAUCUUUUUCUAUAAGCUAGAAUCAGUGGUAUCUGGUGCUCAAAAUGAAUGGCUACAGCUUGUUUGAGCAUACUCUUCAGAAUAUACUUCGCUCUGUCAAUCCCUUGGAGGAGGAUUGGUCUAUGCGAUUUCAACUCAUUCACGAACUUCGAGCUGUGGUUGAAAGCAUAGAAAUCCUGAGAGGGGCAACUGUAGAGCCAUUUGGAUCUUUUGUAUCAAAUCUUUUUACAAGAUGGGGAGAUCUUGAUAUUUCUAUAGAGUUGCCCAAUGGGUCAUAUAUCUCAUCUGCUGGGAAGAAGUACAAACUAAGUCUACUAGGGGAUGUACUAAAAGCUCUGAGAGCUAAAGGUGGAUGCCGAAAGCUGCAAUUUAUUACCAAUGCAAGAGUUCCAAUCUUGAAGUUUCAGGGAAAUUACAAUAUUUCUUGUGAUAUAUCAAUCAAUAAUUUGAGCGGCCAAAUGAAGUCCAAAAUAUUAUACUGGAUCAACAUGAUUGAUGGACGAUUUCGUGAUAUGGUCUUACUGGUGAAAGAAUGGGCGAAGGCACAUAAUGUCAAUGAUUCGAAGACUGGAACUUUAAACUCGUAUUCUCUCAGCUUGUUAGUUGUCUUCCACUUUCAGACAUGUGUACCUGCAAUUUUACCACCUCUCAAAGAAAUAUAUCCAGGAAAUAUGGUUGAUGAUCUUACAGGUGUUAGGGCUAGUGCAGAGAAAUUCAUUGAAGAAACAUGUGCUAUGAAUAUAAAUCGACUUAUGUCAAAUAAAUCUCGAGCAAUUAAUAAGAGUUCUCUGUCUGAGCUUUUCAUCUCGUUCAUCGUAAAGUUCUGCGACAUCAGUUCAAGAGCUUCUGCUCAGGCAAUUAGCCCAUUUACUGGCCAGUGGGAAGAUAUUGCGAGCAACCUGAGAUGGCUGCCUAAAACAUAUACAAUAUUUGUUGAGGAUCCCUUUGAGCAGCCAAUUAAUUCAGCAAGGGGUGUAAGCAGUAAACAACUAACAAGAAUAGAAGAUGCAUUCAGGAGGACCCACUUUGUGCUUAUUUCGUCAAAUCAAAACGAGAAUGAAGUUAUUUCUACUCUUGUUAGGCCGUAUGUCUCCAAGUUUGUGACAAGAACCCCUGGAAACCAAAAUAACUACAGUAGAAAUGGCCUUCGGCCACAAUUGCAGACGCAGCGAGCUAUGAAGCCACCAUUGCAAGCACAACAUCAGCUUCAGGUACAGAGAGCCAUAUAUUCUCAUCAGCUUCAGGACAAAAAGAUGAACAGGAAUCAGAAUUCGACGGCGCAGGGACCCGCACAAGCUAUUCGUGUUCAAACACAGGCAGUAUGGAGGCCAAAAUCUGACAGAGGGGUGUGAAUUUGGACUCGUGCUUCUGAAACUAGGCAUCCAUUCAAGUACUUUUACUUCUUUUUUUGUUUUUGGUCAUGGGGGAGGGUAAUGAAAACUUGUGUCCAGAGAGACGAGUCUAUUUGCCAUUUUCAGAAAAAAGAUAGUUGUCCCUCAAGGACAUCUGAUAAAAUUCGAACGAUACAGAAAAGAAAACACUUGAUGGAUGCCGAUGCAAUGCAUCAUUUCCGAUAGUUUCACUUAGAAGCACCUUCCCCCUGGCAUGCUUGAUAUUAUUAUGGUGGUAGUCUGUUAUACAAUGAUAAAAUAGUUAAAUGUUUCAUCAAAUAAGAUCAAAGCCACCAUGGAUUAUAGCA